AUGGAGGAGUUCGUGGUGGCGAUGCGGCUGAUCGCCAAGCAGCAGCUGCUGUCGCGCGGAGAGGACAUGCCCGCCUGCCAGCCGUGCUUCCCGGCGCUGAGGGGGCUGGACGAGGCUCUGGCAUCCGAGAGCAUUCUCGCCUGCACCGCCUCCAUUGAGUCCGACACGCACGACGAGCCGGACCCCUCUCUGGCCGCAUCCCUCAUGUCCCUGUUCAAGCCCAAGACCAAGAAGCCACUACCCCAGGGAGCCAUAACAUCGGUGGUGGAUGGGUUGAGGGGGCUGUAUGAGAGCAAGCUGCGCCCACUGGAGGAGGCGUACCACUUCCAAGACUUCCACUCCCCCGCCCUUACGGGGAGUGACUUUGAAGCCAAGCCCAUGGUCAUGCUGCUGGGGCAGUACAGCACGGGCAAGACCACUUUCAUCCGCCAUCUGCUCAGCCGCCCCUACCCUGGCUCGCACAUCGGACCAGAGCCCACCACCGACCGCUUUGUUGUUGUUAUGAACGGCCAGGACGAGCGCAGCAUGCCGGGCAACACGGUGGCAGUGAGCGCACACAUGCCCUUCGCCGGCCUCACCCGCUUUGGCUCCGCCUUCCUCGAGAAACUCGAGGUCGCGCAGCUACCCCACCCCCUGCUGGACCACAUAUGCCUGGUGGACACACCGGGGGUGCUGGCGGGGGAGAAGCAGCGCACCCAACGCAGCUACGACUUCACUGGUGUCACUGAGUGGUUCGCCAGCAAGUGCGAUCUCAUCCUACUGCUCUUCGACCCGCACAAGCUGGACGUGAGCGACGAGUUCAAGCGGGUCAUCACAUCGCUGCACGGCAAUGCGGAUAAGAUCCGACUGGUGCUUAACAAGGCCGACCAGGUCAACACGCAGCAGCUCAUGCGAGUGUAUGGUGCACUUAUGUGGUCAUUGGGGAAGGUCAUCAACACACCUGAGGUCAUGCGCGUGUACAUUGGAUCUUUCUCGGACACAGCUCCUGGCAAGAAGAAGCUUCCUGCAAAGAAGCUUCCUGCGAAGAAGAAGCUUCCUGCCCAGAAGCAACGCAAGCAGGCGCUUCAACUGCGAUCAGCAACGCAGCAGACGACCAUCGGAGGCGGGCCAGCAGCUGUCGAGGAGACCAAGGAGACUAAGGAGACGGCGGUUGUGCCGAACAAGGAGAAGGGAGAGGCUGUAAACAAGGAAGCGGAGAGCGAAAAGGAGACGAGGAACGAGUGCGCAACAGUGGGAGAAGAGGAUGCGAACGGUGCAGGUCUUGAGAAGGGAAAUGGGGAGAGCGGAGAGGAAGUUGGAGAGAAGAGCAAAGAGGAGUGCGGAAAUGCAGCAGAGGGAAACAAAAAAUCUGAGAUAAAGGACAGCCGGGACAAGGAGAACGUGGCGCCCAUGAGCCGUGGCGAGGGGAAGGCUGGGCAGAGGGGAACGGGGAAGGUUGAGCAGCCAAGGGAUCAAACUGAAGAUGAGGAGGACGUGGAAGAAGAAGAGGAGGAGGAGGAGGAGGGGGAUGUGGAGGGGCGGUUGGGGCGGGCACUGUUUGAGAGAGAGAUGAGCGACCUGCUGUCUGACCUGGGUGACCUGCCCAGGAAGAGCUGUGACCGCAAGAUCAACGAGUUUGUGAAGCGCGCGAGGGCAGUGCGGGUGAACGCGUUCAUCAUCGCCCACCUGCGCGCCCAGCUGCCCCUCUUUGGCCGCGCCAAGGCACAGCAGAGGCUCAUUGAGAACCUGCCUCAGGAGUUUGACAAGGUGGCCCGAGAGCAUCGCCUGGCAGAGGGCGACCUCCCACCGGUGGCGCCCUUUCAGCGUGCGCUGGCAGGCUGUGCGUUUGAGAGCUUUGAGCGCCUCAAUGUGAAGCUUGUGGAAGAGGUGGACCGGAUGCUCGCUUAUGAUAUUCCACACCUUCUAAACACGUUCAGGAACCCUUAUAUGUAG